GGAUUGCUGAAUCGCCGUCGCCAACAUAAAGGAGACAAUCCCCAGCUGUCGCGGGCGGUCAAAUGUUCGCAAUCUUAUUCUUCCUUCCUGGACUCUGCCAUGUGUAACUAUAUCUACAAAGAGCUAUCAUGCCAACAUCACUACCACCUUGUUGAGUCAUGGUGCCUCAAAUAUAUUGAGACAGAGCGGAGAUGCCCGCCUAAUAUUGUAAGCAAACAAUACUGGGGAGAUGUUAUCUGUGCGGCGUGCCGUGAGAGGCAACAGCCUAGCAAGCACCCAUGGGCGAAACUUAUUCAGAGACCGGGGAGGAGAAUAAGUGAUGCGCCAUAACUUUUGACACAGUGAAGAAAGAACCUCUAACUCCUUGUGUGGUCCAUACCAUUCUGGGUGUCUGAGAGAAAUAUCACAAUUUCACUGUGUUC